UGCAGUGAUUUGGUAGAGGAGAGUUUGUGGCUUUGAACCCGAAUUUAAUGGGUUUAAAACGAUUCAGAGUUGUUGUUUUUUUUCUACGAAGUAUUGCAACAGUAAAAAAUAAAGCAGUGGUGCAACAUUGAGUGUAAGUGAUGUUUGAAACGCAUCCACACGAGUUACAGAAGACAUGGGGGUUGUUUUCCAGUUAAUUAUUCUCAUCAUCUUUAACAUGACAAAGAGUGAAAACAAGUAGAAAACACUUAAGGUGAAACAACGAAGAUCUACUUGACAUACAUGGAGUUUUUUAAAGAGGAGAGUGAAGACAUAAGAAUUCCAUGCAGAGUGAAAGAUGAAGAUACUGACGACCAAAUAGACUCGAUGCUGCUUAAAGAGGAAGGUCAAGAACUUAAUGAAGAGGAGGAGACAAACCAUGAUUUCACAAGUGGAGAAAAAUCAUUUAGUUGUGCAGAGACUGAAAAUAAUUCCUCUCAAAAAAGAACUCGGAAAACACGAUCAUUCACUUGUCAAUGUGGAAAGAGUUUCACGCGUAAAGGACACCUUCAUAGUCACGUAAGAAUUCAUUCUGGAGAGAGUCCCUUCACCUGCCAACAGUGUGGGAAGAGUUUCAACCAAAAAGGAAACCUUAAAAUCCACCUGAGAAUCCACACUGGCGAGAGUCCCUUCACCUGCCAACAGUGUGGAAAAAGUUUCACUCAAAAAGGAAACCUUAAUAGCCACAUGAGAAUUCACACUGGCGAGAGCCCUUUCUACUGCAAACUGUGUGGGAAGAGCUUCACACACAAAGGGAACGUUAGGCACCACAUGAGAACUCACACCGGAGAAAAGCCAUUCACUUGUUAUCAGUGUGGAAAGAGAUUCUCACAAAAAGUAACCCUUAAUGGCCACAUGAAGCUUCACACAAGGAAGAACUGUUUCAUAUGUCAUCAGUGUGGAAUGAGUUUUACAGACAUGGAUCACCUUAACAGGCACCUGACAACACACACCGGACAAAAGCCUUUCAAAUGCCCUCAGUGUGGAAGGAGGUUUCGAUUAAAUAAAAACCUUAAGAGUCACAUGAAAAUCCACACUGGAGAGAAGCCUUACAUGUGCCAAUACUGUGGAAAGACUUACGCACACAAAGUAAACCUUAAAGUUCACGUACGGCUUCACACCGGAGACGGCCUUUCAUUUGCCCUCAUUGUGGAAAGGGUUUCACACUCAAAGGAAAUCUUAAGGGUCACAUUAGACUUCACACUGGAGAGAGACCUUACACGUGUUCCCAGUGUGGAAAGAGCUUCACUUAUCAAAGAAACCUGAACAGUCAUUUGCAGAUUCAUUCCAGUGAGAAAUUGCAAUGCUCUGAGUGUGGAAAGAGUUUUUCGGAGAGGAUCAACUUCAUAAAUCACUUCCGCAUUCACUUUGGAGAGAGGGUUUUUAAUUGCGAUCAUUGUAGUAAGAAAUUCCCUUUGCCAUCUCACUUAGAGAUACACCUGAAAACUCAUGCUGAUGAGAGACCCCAUUUGUGUUCAUUGUGCGGAAAGAGUUUUAAACUGCUCUGCAAUUUAAAAUCGCACCAGAAAAUGCAUAGCGGUUUGAAUGCCUGUACCAGAGUAAGCUACUUGAAACGGCACCAACAAAUCAUUACUGGAGAAAACAUGGACAAGGUUUCACUUGGUGGAAAGCUUUUCACUGCUUCAGAGACUUCAGCGCAAACACAAGGGGUGCGUGCUGGAGAGAAACUAUACAACUGCUCUUCAUGUGGGAUGAAUUUCAGUACAUCCAUUUAUCUUUUGGCUCAUAAAAAGAAGCAUUGUCAGACAUAGUCAUAAAGAGCAAAGCUCAUUUUCAGGUCAAUUGUGUUAAUUGGCUUUAUGCACAGCUUCACUACUUCCUGAAUUUCAGCCAGCUCCUUGUUUCCU